CUUCGCGGGGUGCCACGCUCCCUUCGGGACAACGCUAGGGACACGGGGAGAAGGCCACGGGAAAUGCGCACUGCACGGCUGCGCCCCAAACAUCUAGUCGCCGCGGACGGCGCCUUGCCUCCGGAGCCGACAGCUCAGCCUCGGGGGGUGGGGGUGGUGGCCACUCAGCGCUGGGAUCCCGUGGGACCCCAGACUCAGCCCACGACUCCAGGUCUCGCCAACGCAAUGCGCGUGCGCGACGCCGCAGACUCCCGAGCGCCCUCGCGCGGCGGCUGCUGUGAGCCUCGCGACCGGGCGUGCUGACAUCACGGACGUCGGCGUCGGCCCCUCUCGGGUCGGGCGUUUUGGGAACGCCUAGGGCGAAGGGGAGCCGGUUGGGUCCUUGUUGGGCUUUGGGGAGGCGUCGCCGCUCUGCUGGUGUGCAGAGGCCUGCAAGAGCUGCCCGGGCUGCCCUCUUCUUGCGUUCUCUGCGCCGGUGCUGUGAUUACAGCUUUGAAGAGUCUGUCUCCCAUUUUCUCCCCUGCGGAAAUAAAUCCCAUCGUGGAGACCCUAAAACUUUCUAGAGGGAUAUAGUUUGACUAUAAUUUUGUUUCCAGAACUAAGCUUAGUAAAUUACUGGUACAUUAUUGCAUAUGCAGUAGCUUUAUUAUAUUUUGUUAGACUUUAGUGAUAACAGGAAAAUAUGUCCUUUGAUAAGUUGAUCCUGAAUUACGACAUGACAAAUAUAAUUGAAUGGUCCUUAAAUGAGUAGGUUAUUUAAUUUUUAAAAUGCAGUUAAAGUGUGUGCUGUGGAAAUUUUAUGGUUUGCUAGUUAAGUUUAUGGAGAAAAUGCCUUAGUUGACCCGGUAUAAACGAUAUGCACAAGUAAAAAAGACAAUAGAAUGAUACUUUGGGAAGUGGAAACAAAUGUAGAUAAUUUUAGACAAAGAAGAUUUUAUAGUUUGAAGUACUAAGCAAAAUUCACUUGAUAUUACAUAGAUUCAGUAAAGCUUGUGAGUACUGACUCCCCCAGAAGUUACUAACUGAAGCUAAGCUAACUUAGUUAAGUAAAUACUUUAAUGAUAAGCAAUGUGGAAUUAGACUUUAGAUGGUAUAAGCAAUGACUCUGUUUGCUAGAAUAAAAUGAGAUUAACUUGGAUGUCAUAAUGUGCUUUUAAAGGGAAAAGAAUCCUGCAUUAUAACCUUAUUUUGUUGGUAUAACCAGUAAUUGGCCUUAUAUCCGGCCUUCAUACCUUAUAACCAAAAGCACAUUAAAGGCAUAAGUUAAGUAUUCUGUUUAUAGUUGCUUAAAAUUCUAAGAAUAUAAAGUUUUUGAAAAAUCAAAGUGUUUUAAUACAGUUAGAAGUGUAUACAAUUUUUCAGGUCUUUAGUUAUUAUACCAAAUUAUGAGCAAAUAGCAGUUAAGUUACCUAAAAGAGUUAAUGUAAUAAUCCCAAAGACUACUAAGUAGUAUCUUGGUAAUUUAGGAGAGUCAUCAAACCUGAGUGUACACUCAGAUCUAAACCCAGUAAAGAAGUUGUAGUGAAUUCUGCAUAAGUAGGACUCUGUUAUUUGAUCCCUUUUUGUGGUAAAAAUCUAAAGAGAAAUUUUAUGUGAAAGUUUUAGCCGUAAGAAGUACUGUCACCCACUCAUGCAUAAAACUACCUCCCAAAGAUUUGUUCAAAGUCCCACAUAUAGAAAAAUUGAAAAUAUAAUGGAAGAGAGCACAGUCUUGCCAAAUCGGACGAAUGACAACAAACAAAAAAUGAAGUACGACUUCUCAUGUGAACUGUACCGCAUGUCCACAUACUCAGCUUUUCCCAGCGGUGUCCCCGUCUCAGAGAGGAGUCUUGCUCGUGCUGGUUUCUAUUACACCGGUGUGAAAGACAAGGUCAAAUGCUUCUGUUGUGGCCUGAUGCUGGAUAACUGGAAACAAGGAGACAAUCCGAUUGAAAAGCAUAAACAGCUAUAUCCUAGCUGUAGCUUUAUUCAGAAUCUGAUUUCAGCUAACCUUCAGUCUAUCUCUAAGAAUUACUCUGCAGUGAGAAACAGUUCUACACAUUCAGUAUCUCCUGCUUUGGAACAUUGUGGUUCAUUCAGUGGUUUUUGUUCCAGCCUUUCACCAGACCCUCUUAACUCCAGAGCAAUUGAAGACUUCUCUCCAACGAGGACUAACUCCUACAGUUAUGCCAUGAGUACUGAAGAAGCCAGAUUUCUUACUUACAAAAUGUGGCCAUUAACCUUUUUGUCACCACUAGACUUGGCAAGAGCUGGCUUUUAUUAUAUAGGACCUGGAGAUAGAGUGGCCUGCUUUGCAUGCGGUGGAAAACUAAGUAACUGGGAGCCAAAGGAUGAUGCCAUGUCAGAACACCGGAGACAUUUCCCCACCUGCCCAUUUCUGGAAAAUUCUCUGGAAACACUGAGGUUUAGUAUUUCAAAUCUAAGCAUGCAGACACAUGCAGCUAGAAUGAGAACAUUCGUGUAUUGGCCAUCUACGGUUCCAAUUCAGCCUGAGCAGCUUGCAAGUGCCGGUUUUUAUUAUGUUGGUCGCAAUGAUGAUGUCAAAUGCUUUUGCUGUGAUGGUGGCUUGAGGUGUUGGGAAUCUGGAGAUGACCCUUGGGUAGAGCAUGCCAAGUGGUUUCCAAGGUGUGAGUUCUUGAUACGCAUGAAAGGGCAGGAAUUUGUUGAUGAGAUUCAAGCUAGAUAUCCUCAUCUUCUUGAACAACUAUUGUCAACUUCAGACACUCCUGGAGAAGAAAAUACCGAUCCACCAAUUGUGCAUUUUGGACCUGGAGAAAGUUCUUCAGAAGAUGCCGUCAUGAUGAACACCCCUGUGGUUAAAGCUGCUUUGGAAAUGGGGUUUAGCAGAAGCCUGGUAAAGCAGACAGUUCAGAGUAAAAUCCUAACCACUGGGGAGAAUUACAAAACAGUUAAUGAUAUUGUAUCAGAACUUCUUAAUGCUGAAGAUGAAAGAAGAGAAGAGGAAAAGGAAAGACAAGCUGAAGAAAUGGCGUCAGAUGACUUGUCAUUAAUUCGAAAGAAUAGGAUGGCUCUCUUUCAACGCUUGACAAGUGUCCUUCCUAUCCUGGACAGUCUUUUAAAGGCCAAUGUAAUUAAUAAACAGGAGCAUGAUGUUAUUAAACAAAAAACACAGAUACCUUUACAAGCAAGAGAACUGAUUGACACCAUUUUAGUUAAAGGAAAUGUUGCUGCCACCAUCUUCAAAAACUGCCUAAAAGAAAUUGACUCUACAUUAUUUGAGAACUUAUUUGUGGAAAAGAAUAUGAAGUAUAUUCCAACAGAUGUUUCAGGUCUGUCACUGGAAGAGCAAUUGAGGAGGUUGCAGGAAGAAAGAACUUGUAAAGUCUGUAUGGACAAAGAAGUUUCUAUUGUGUUCAUUCCUUGUGGUCAUCUGGUAGUAUGCCAGGAAUGUGCCCCUUCUCUAAGAAAGUGCCCUAUUUGCAGGGGUAUAAUCAAGGGUACUGUUCGUACAUUUCUCUCAUAAAACAAAAUAGGUUAUAUGUGGGUCUACACAGAAACCUCUUUAAACUAUUGUUGCACAUUUGAAAUUAUGUGAAACAUAAGAGAAAUUAUUGGUUCUUGUUAAUAUUCAUGUUCUAUUCUGCUUGGUAUUAAUAACUUUAUUUCAAAAAAGGUAGUAUUACAUAUGUAGUCUUAAUGUUUAGUUGCAGAAGAUUUGUGUUUAAUAAGCUGAAUUAGUAUGUAUGGGUGAACAUAGGAGUUAAAUAUGUGCUUGUUUGAAUAAUUCUAGGAGUUACUGUAUUUGGUAUUGUUAAUGAAAGCUCUGAGUACUAAAAGUACAGUUUGAAAGUACAGUACUGGAAACCAGUAGCUCUGGAAUUCAUCAGAGUUACGGUGCCAAUUUUUUUUUUUUUUUUGUGCUUUUUACUUGUAAAAAUGUACUUACAUUGUAGCCUGUCACUUUGAUUUCCUCUAGUUUGUGAGAAAUUUUAAUAAAGUAUGUUAAAAGGAA